CAACUUCCAACUCCCCUGCCUCACCAUUCCAUCCCAGAUACUCUGAGAGACGCGAGGUAUCAAUUACAAGAGACGCUCAUAUUCCCACUAAUUACUAUUCCGACUGCCCUCAACCACGGACAGAUAGGCUAUCCUUGUUUCGAAUUCAAGUACCCGAGCGCAAAACAUGACUGGGGAACGGCCCGAACAUCUUGAGCGACGCAGAGUGCUGGUGGAGAUGGAGGCCAAAGUCGAGGCUCUUCAAAUCCAUGAAUUAGAUAUCUCGCAGCUGAAGGAGCUGAAAAUUGACAUUCAACCAAUGUCGCUCCAUGGAACGUCAGCCCGCAAGCCAUUCUUCUUCCUACCUCAUGCUAAGCUCCCAGAACCGGAAGAUGAGCGACUGAGCGAGCUCCACGGGGCGUGGGACGACCCGGAGGAGACCUGUUUUAUAUUUCCUUCCGACCAUGCCCAUCAAGUGGAAACCGUCUUUGCGGACUAUGCCUUUCAUUUCACCAUAACUGGAGAGGCCGACUUUACGCCGUGGUCCGUCAAAAGCGUUGGUGAUUACACCCCUUAUAAGAGCGUGUAUGGAUUUGCGCAGCCGGAGUUUGGGACUUUCCAUCUGACCGACAUUUCCGGGGGGAAGUUCCCCCACUCCAAGGCGGUCAUCUACAAUGACGUCGAGGCGCAUAAUCAACAUCUGCUUCGUGGAGAGCUGCUGAUUCUUCUCCGCAUCAUGUUGGGCCAGAUGAGGAAGCGGCGCUUUCUGCACCAUAUGAUCGCACCGAUUCUACUCAUCUCCUUCAUGGGCAAGCGCGGACGUGUAAUUGAAGGCUACUUUGAUGGUGAACGUCUGAUUAUGGGUUGUACCGACCUGUACAACAUGCGAGACCAAACUGCCAUGGCAUUGAAGGAUUUCGCCGAGUGGUAUCUGGGCCAACCUACCGGAGAUACGGCCUAGAUUGGAGUUCAUGGUCCCUUUAUGGCGCGGUUAUGGGCGUUCGACGACUUAUGUUUGGGUCACAGCGAAUGGGAAAUUGAAUAUGAUCAGGCUUGGGUUUGGAAUUGGCGCGUGCUGGGCGUUACAAUGAUAUGGGAUACUGGAUAUGGAUAUGGAUGGAACUGUUUUGUGCGCUUGCUCUGUAGCUUUUUACUUUUUAACCUCGAAUGCUGAAGCCACCACUGGAAUUACUGCGAC